AUGAAAUCAUAUCUUUAUGCUCAAGAUGAACAUGUGUGGAAUAUUGUAGAAAAUGGCUGGACUAUACCUAUGGUAAAAGCAAAAGGAGAAAGCUCUUCCACUACAAAUCCCAAACCAAGGAAGGACUGGACUGAGGAAGAAGUUCGUGAUCUGCAAGCAGAUUUCAAGGCCAAGAACAGCAUUUUCACUGCCCUAUCUGAACGGGAAAAACUGAGGAUAAGUCACUGUGAUACUGCCAAGCAGGCAUGGGACCUUCUACAGACUACAUAUGAAGGAAAUAAAAAGGUACGUGCACAGAAAUUACAAGCACUGGUCUUUGAAUUUGAAACUAUGACUAUGGGAGAUGAUGAAACCAUUGAUGACUUCCAUGGUAGAAUUCUUAAAAUUUCUGGUCAGUGUCGGAGUCUGGGAGCACCUUUUGAUGAAGAUAAGAUUGUCAAAAAAAUCCUCAGAGCCUUGCCAGAAAAGUUUCACUCAAAAGUCACUAGUAUAGAGGAUUCUUUUGACAUUGAUGAAUAUCCACUUGAUGAGCUCAUCGGCAAUCUCAAAACCUAUGAGAUGAGGUUAAAACCUGAAAAGAAAAACAAGGGAGUUGCCUUCAAAGCCGUAAAAGGAGCAGAAGAAGAAGAAGAAACACUAGAUCUCGCUCUACUAACGAAGGAAUUCAAAAAAUUUCUCAAAAGCAAGAACUCCACUAGAAAUCCAAAUGCUCCUAGGAAAAACUCUUAUGGAGGAAGCAGUAGUAGCGGUGAUUACAACAGCAAGAGUGGAAAAGGAAGCUUCAAGGGAAACCUCUCAGGAAAGCCGAAAUGUUAUGAAUGUGGUGGCUAUGGUCAUAUCUCUACUGACUGUGGAAACAGGAAGCAUGGAAACAACAACAACAAGUCUCUUCUCUCAACUUGGAGUGAUGAUGAAUCUCAAGAAGUUGAAAAUCUGGCUCUUGUAUCAUCACUUCUACCUGAUUCAGACAGUGACGAGGCCUUCUCUGAUGAUGAAACAAAUGUCCGCUGCAGACAACUCUACAAAGCCUCAAAGGUUACUCUGCUUAGAAACUUGAAUUUGGAAAAAGAAGUUGAAUCUCUGAGAACCGAAAAAGAAAAGGCGGAGCGUCUAUUGGAAUCUUCACACUCUGCAUGGAAAUUAGAGAAAAGCAAACCUAUGAGUGAUCUACUAGACGACCAAGAGCUGUUGGCAUGGAAGAUUGAAAAAAAUGAGUGCCUCAACAGGAUCAAAUUACUAGAACUGGAUGUUAAAGGACAACAAGCAUUAAACCUGGAAUUGUCGGCUAAAAAUGAGUCUCUUCAAGAUGAAUUGAGAUUGACUCAAGAAAGAUUCACCAAGUUUGAUAUCAGCUCCAACUCCAUGUCAAAAUUGCUCGGAUCUGGAAAAGCUCCCUAUGACACUUGUGGUUUAGGAUACACUGGAGAGAAUUCCAAAAGUACCAAAUUUGUAAGAGCAUCAAGACCUUCUGGAGAAAAAGAAGAAGUCUCCACUAAUGAUCAUGUCAAGAUUAUGAAGGAAGGCAAGACAAUUCCAAACUGUCAGGUAAAAAUUGACCAAGAUUUCCCCACUGGUCAAAACAGGUACGCAAACUCCAGAACUUUUGUUCCUAUUUGUCAUCACUGUGGUAAGAUAGGCCAUAUCAGACCUAGGUGUAAUGAAAGACUUUCAAACUCACAGUUCUCUCAAGAAAAAUGUACGGUUGAAUCCCUACAGGUUGAGCUUAAAGAACAAAAAGAACUCAUUAACAGACUAGCUGAAAUUGUUUCUAAGAAGGACUUUCAAACUGGAAAAAGGAAAAAGAUCUGGACCAAGAAAAAUGAAAGUAAUUAUCUUAGUUCUUAUGAAACUAAUGAUACAUGUCUUUUCGCAUGUGCAAGCAAAGCUCAACAAGGCUCUCACAUUGAGGCAACUUGUUUGGUAGCCUUGACUGCAUUAGCUGACAAGCGACGAGAUUUCUGGUAUGUUGACAGUGGUUACUCCAGACACAUGACUGGAGACAAAUCUUGGUUCACAUCCUUUGACGAUGAAAAUACAACUGGAUCAGUCACCUUUGGAGAUGGAAGGAAGGCAAAUAUUCUGGCUCAAGGCACAGUAAACACUGCAGGUAUACCUAAUCUUAAAAAUGUCUUAUUCGUUGAAGGCUUAACUGCAAACCUGAUUAGCGUCAGUCACUUGGCUGAUGACUAUGAAGAAGUGUGGUUUAACAAACAAAGAUGUUUGGUCUUAAAUCAGAAAGGAGAAGGUAUCAUGGGAGGUAAGAGAUCCACUGAUAAUUGUUAUCAUAUUCAAGCUAAUGAAUCUUCUAGCGUGCAGUCUUGUUUGUCUGUAAAAUCUACAGAGGAGACCUAUGAACUUUGGCACAGGAAGAUGGGACAUGUUAACUAUCAGGACUUGCUGAAAUUAUCUUCCAAGCAAUGUGUCAGAGGCUUGCCAAAUUUAAGGGGCAAAACUGACAAGAUAUGUGGAGAAUGUAAAAUCGGAAAACAAACAAAGGCACCUCACAGAGUGAUAAAUUCUACAACAACCUCAACAGUAUUGGAGCUGUUACACAUGGACCUCAUGGGACCGGCUCAAUCUGAGAGUAUUGGAGGUCUCAGCACAAAUUUUUGGGCUGAGGCUGUCAGCAUUGCGUGCUAUACAAUGAAUAGAGUCCUUCUCAGACCAGGUACUGAACAAACAGCAUAUGAGCUAUGGAAAGGUAAGAAACCAAAUGUGGGGUACUUUCAUAUUUUUGGAAGUCCUUGCUACAUUUUACGAGAUAGAGAACACCUCGGUAAAUUUGAUGCUAGAAGUGAUGAUGGUGUGUUCUUGGGAUAUUCUCCGAACAGUAGAGCUUAUCGAGUUUACAAUAAAAGAACUCGAAUUAUUAUGGAAUCUAUUAAUGUCUCUAUUGAUGAUCAAUGUAUGAAACAGGAAGAAUCAUUUGCUGAUCCGUCUCCCUCUUCUGUUACACAACCUCAGAACACAGAACAUCCAAAUGCAGAAGAAGGAGAAGAAAUCUCUGAAAGCAUCUUCGAACCAGCUCCAAAUCCAAGGAGAGGGUUCAAGCAAGUUCAAAAGGACCACUCCACUCAAGAUAUCAUCGGGAAUCUAACAGAUGGAAUAACCACCAGGAGAAAAGCUACAGCACAGGUAAACCCCUCCGAGGAUGAGCUGAAUCAGUUUACUAGGAAUGAUGUGUGGUAUUUAGUACCUCGACCUAGAAAUUGCAAUAUCAUAGGAACCAAAUGGAUUUUCAGAAACAAAAGUGAUGAAAAAGGGAAUGUGAUUAGAAACAAAGCCAGACUAGUUGCUCAGGGAUAUUCUCAGGUUGAAGGUCUUGACUUUGACGAGACCUUUGCUCCUGAAGAAGUUUAUGUAGAACAACCUCCAGGUUUCAAAGAUCCACAUAACUUAGAUCAUGUCUACCGACUCAAGAAAGCCCUGUAUGGUCUGAAGCAGGCUCCCAGAGCCUGGUAUGAAAGGCUUUCUACACAUCUUGUGGAAAAAGGUUCCACAUCCAAAUACCUUGUCAAAGAAUUUCAAUCCGUCAUGGAAAGUGAAUUUGAAAUGAGUAUGUGUGGUGAACUAACCUUCUUUCUUGGAUUGCAAGUAAGACAGAUGAAAACAGGACUGUUUCUAUCUCAAACCAAAUACGCUGAGAAUUUGAUCAAGAAAUUUGGUCUCGUAUCUAAGAAGACACUGAGCAAUCCCAUGAGUACCACUACUAAGCUGCAUGAAGACCAGGAAGGGAAAUCCGUUGAUCCGACACUCUUUCGUAGCAUGAUUGGAAGUUUACUGUAUCUUACUGCCAGUCGACCCGAUAUUUCCUACAGUGUGGGAGUAUGUGCUCGCUUUCAAGCAAAUCCCAAAGAAUCCCACUUAGAAGCUGUCAAAAGAAUCAUUCGAUACAUUUCAGGUACAGUCACCUGUGGUAUUUUCUAUACAUUCGAUACUAACGUGGAGAUCACAGGGUACUCUGAUGCUGACUGGGGAGGCAACCUAAAGGAUAGGAAAAGCACUUCUGGAGGCUGUUUCUUUAUUGGCAACAAUCUUGUAGCUUGGCACAGCAAGAAACAAAAUUGCAUUUCCUUGUCCACUGCAGAAGCUAAAUAUGUUGCUGCUGGGAGCUGGUGCACACAAAUGCUGUGGAUGAAACAAAUGCUUCAUGAUUAUGGCAUUUCUCAAGGUUAUCUCAUCAUGGUUCGCACAAAGAUCACCACUCGCCUUGGCGGACACCGGCGUCUUCCUCCUCCUGAUGAGGGCCGUCAGGCCGCUGCCCGAGCCGGCAUCCUUCAUCCCGGCAUGCACCGUGAACGCAGUCGGAGCCCUCUUCGUCGUCCCUCUCCUUCUGGUGCCCCCUCUGCUGUUCCUCCUCCUCCUGUAUCUCUGGAUAGCCUUCGUGACUCCAUCCUGGUGACUGACUGGCGGCUUGCAUGUCUUACUACUGACAUGGACGACAUGCACUCUCUUCUGGUUCGCACUCAUCAUGCCGUAACCAACCUCACCAAGGAAAUCCGGAACCUGCAGCGCCACCCUCCCGGGUUUGACGCUCCCGGUCCCUCCACCGCUGUUCCGGCAGCAGUCGCCCCUGUGGAGAGCUCGACCUCGAUGGACAGCGAGGAAUUUCACGACCAUGUCAUCAAGCUUAUGGAGGAAGUCGAAGGGCAUUCCCCUUCAAAGGGGGAGAAGUGA